GGAAGAGGCAUAGUUAUCGAGUGAAUUAACCAUGAAGGCUGCACUAGUAGUCUUUGGUUUCCUCAGCAUUAUCUUCUCACUUGGUUUGUCAGCUCCGAGAUUUCGGGUUGAUCAAGUGCGAGACUCACUAGGCAAUGCCGUUUUCCCAGGUAUGUCAUACUACAUCGUCCCCUACGAUCAACCCGGUGGUGGAAUCAAACUCGACAAUCUAGGACAAGCAUAUGAAUGCCCAGUUACUUUUCUGCAAGACUAUACCAGAAAAUUCCGUGGCGUGGCUCUGCAAUUCAAAGUACAUGGAAUAACUAUUGGUCCUGGCCUCAUCUUUACUGGUAGUGGUAGCCCACUGUUAGUGAAGGUAACGCAGGGUCAAAAGCCUUUUUGUGCUUCAUCAGACGAAGUGGUGAUGUAUUUGUCCAAGAAAAUUAACAAGAUAUGUCUGGGUAUUGGAGGUCCAGAAGAUCAUUAUUAUUCGCCUACGUUUAAUGGCAGGUUUCACUUUGAGCAACCUGAUAUACCUUAUGCAUACUAUCUUGUGUUCUGCCAUUCUGACGCACCAGAGAAUUGUACCGCCCUUGGGAGGUUUGAUAAUCACGAGGGUGGAAGUCGUUUGGUUUUCGCUGACAAUGAUACCAAACCCAUCAAAUUUUUGUUGGUUAAUACUCUAGACAAACCCCCUCCCACCAAUGUAAAGAAUUAACAAGUAAAAUAAUGUUUAAUUAUGAUUUCUUGUUUUCUCAA